GUAUCAGUGGGAGUAAAAUCUGCUUGUCUGGAGGAAGACUGUACAGGGCAGGCCAUUAUAGUAGUCGACCCCUCAUCAGGAGAAUGUGUCUCGUGUUUCCCGUGCCCACAAUGUGAGGAAGGGCAAACAUCAUCAGUGCGAUGUGCAUCCACUGUCCCACAAGGCACAGACAUUCACUGUGUUCUCAUAGAACCAAGCCCUUCAUUGGUUUCCACUUUAGUCUUUUCUUGGCAUGCAAGUAUCACUAGAACCAGCAGACAGAUAACUGCGACCACCCACACUCAUGAACAUCCAACAGUUUCUGCCACCAGUUCAAAGGACUAUGCUGGAUCUAGUUCUUCAAUAACUGUUGACACUGAGUCAAAUGAAAUAGAAAAUACAGGAUACAGUAUCAAAGAUCAUUUCAAAAUGGGGAAUAAAACAGUAGUUUACCUGUUCUGUGGUGUAUCUCUGCCUCUCCUCUUUCUGGGUAUUCUUUGUAAAUUAAGAAAAAGCAAAACCACAAGGUUUCAUCAGCCUAUUGGUGAUCAGACCGUCCCUAGUUCUCCAUGCUCUUCGAUGACAGGAGUAACUCCUGUUGAUAACAGUGUCCACAGUACUGUACAUCUACAUCCUGAUACCAACAGAGCUUCGUUUUCACAGUCCUAUACCAACAAUGGCCAGCAGGAUACUCCAGAGAGAAAUGAAAACAACCCUUUUCAGCUACAGCAUAACCAGACAUUCCAUGAUGAAAAUGGCAUUCCAUCAUCGUUAGAGGAUGACAAUGCACAAGGUAUGCUAUUGUUUUAUUUAUUGAAACAGAAUGACAGUUGAAAGAGGAUGGUUAUCUUAAUGUAAAGAACCCCUUAUUACCAGCAAUAUUAUUGCCUGACCCCCUCACUCCUAAAAGUGUCUCAAGUAAAGAAACUACAAAAAAGCUAACUUCUCUCAGUAAAAUCCUUAAAAAGUAAGUAGAACUUUGUGACUUUUCUGAAAUGAGAAGGGUUUAUUUCAGUGGUAAUAACACCAUAGGAUUCCUCGUUAGAGUGACAGGUAAUGUCUCCAUGAAUUGGUCUAGAAAUAAAAGGGCUAAGAACUUAGGAAAUUUGUCCAGCUCUCUCAUGAAAUUCCUUGUAAAGCACUUCAUAUCUCUAAGUUAUUUCACAAGCUUCACAGGGCUUGAAACUGUCCUUAAAAGUUGAAAAAUUAAGAAAUUCCUUGGAAAAUCCUUGAAUUCCUCUGAAGAGACCUCAAAUCUUGCAGAUAUAGCCACCGUUAUUAAAAGAAAGAGGUCAUGUCAUUUAAAAGCAUAUUUUUGGUGUUGUCAGUCAUUCAUUUUUUGCACACAUUAGAGACACAAUUUUCCAGGGGGGAAGGGUGGUUACUUCCUUAUUAGUGGCUCAUGGGGAUGUGCUGCUGGAUGGGGUCGCAUUUUCACCACUGGAUUGACUAUAAUGGGGUCGCAUUUUCAAUAGAGUUACUAGAAUGGGGUCGCACAUUUUCGGAUUUUUUGGGGUGUAAGACAGUUCUUCAUAUUUACGGUUAGCAAAAUUCCCAGAAUGUUUGUACUGUAGAUGAAAAGUAAAGUGUUUUUCAUUCAAUCUAAAAAUGGGUCAAUAAAAAUAGAAAGUGACUAAGUUGGGAUCAGGAAAAUUACAUAUUUGCCCAAAAGAGACUAAGAUGGGGUGGCCACAGCAUAGGCUAUAAUGGGGUAGGGGCUCUGAGAGGCCAGUGGCACAUACCUAGCAAAAAUUAACCCAAGAACUCCCCCGCCCCCCUCCCGGGCACAAUGUGGACAAAGUCAUAUGACUAUUCCUUGAAAAAAAUGGAAUUUGAUAAAGAGGUCUCAGCUCUGUAUAAACUUAAGUAGUAUCAUGCAACCACAUAGCCGACUCCCAUAUGCAAACCUUGGGUCUGAUGGGUGCAUAUAGGAGAAGGUUCUGGGCCUGUUGGACACCAGUAAUAAUGUACAAUUAGUUGUUUCUCUAGUAUGUUUAGACAGAUGUUUUAAUAAAAAUUUAAUUAAUAUUUAUUUGUAUCCGGAAAUUCAAAAUGUUUAACUAUAAGAUAUUAAAGCAAUUAGUAUUUUCUUUAUCUCCAGCAGCUCCUCAGCAGUUUUUCACUGCUGCCUUGCAGAAUGGUAGUGCAAGUGAAAUGAAAAAGCAAAUCACCCAAAGAAAGAAAUACAGAUGUAAAAUGAACCAGGUAUCCUUCCGUCUUUUACACAAGAUUUACCUCACACUGGAUAUCAAAAGAGCUGAUGGAAGAGAUGUAAGAGAAUUUGCUAGUAAACUGAACAUCCCAGUUCCAGAAUUUGAGCGUCUUCAACGGGAAGCUGAAAUACAAAGAACCACAACAACUUCUGUCAUUUUAGCCCAACAGGUACCCAGCUCUUGGACUGUUGGAGAUUUUGUUAAAAUAAUGACAGAAAUGGAACGAGCAGACAUCAUUGAGUUAAUCAAUGAGUGGGAAUGA